GAGGCGCCACUUCCAGCUCCCUCCCCGCUGCUCUGCAACGGUGCUCAAAAGCCGCAGCUGCGCCAGGCGGCCCAGAUGUGGCCCUCCAGGCAGAUGUUCCCCAGCAGCCCCGCCGCCCCGCCAGCGCUUCUCCCCCUCUUCUUGCUGGCGCUUCCCGCCUCUUUCCAGGCGGCGACGGCGCAGACCCCCGCCUGCGCGCCCGCGACUACCGCCGCCGCCCAAGCCCGGCCCAACCCGGCCGACCUUUCCGCUUCGCCGGGGAGGGGCCAUCCAAGCAGCAGCGGCCUCGCCGAAGCACAGGCAGCGCGCCCCAUGGAGAUCCCGCCGACCCACUACCCGGCCACCCGCGCCGCCGCCGUGGUAGGCAACUACAUCAACUACCAGCACGGGGGGCCCAGCAAGCUCUUCGCCGUGCGGGCGGUGAGCCAAGCCAGCCGAGAGGACAUUGCAGGUGUUGGACAUAAAUACCGUCUUAAGUUUUCAAUAACAGAAAUCCUACAAAAGGACAGUCCCGUCAACUGCACAGCUGAGAUUCUAUAUCAUCAUGGUGACCAGCAUACUGCUCCAGAAGUGCACUACACAGUGGAAGGGGAGUUUGGGAAGAAUACGGAGCAAGUGGAUAAUGAAUUCUACAACAGAAUCAAGAACCUGUCAGAAACCCUAGAGGCACAAAACAUUCCAGACAAUCAUGGGAAUAUAACUGCAGAAAUGGAGCCUGUUCGGAACCUAGCCCAGGUGGCCUGUGGAUACAUUAUAUGGCAGAAUUCAACUGAAGACACGUGGUACAACAUGAUACAAGUUGAAAGUGUUAAACAAAUGAAAAGGAACGAUGAUUAUCUUGAAUUUUCCUAUGUGGUUUUAAUCCACGACAUUGUCUCCCAGGAAAUUAUUCCUUGGCACAUGCAAGUUCUCUGGCACCCACAGCAUGGAGUGAAAGUAAUACGGAAUAGUCGCCAGCCAAAACGCGCAGCACAAGAUUAGCAAAAUGCCUUCAAUACUGCUAUUAGAGUUUGUUAAAAUAAUCCUGCACAUACAGCUAGAAUAAGGGCUACACCAUAGGCUCUCGUGGGCUCAGAAACCCCUUCAUUCCCUCUAUACGAUCAGGACCAAAGGCAACAUAUCCCCAGACCUUGUUUGUUAUAGUGAAUACUCACGGUACUGUUGCCACAAUGCUCUCUCUAAAGGCUACUUUUGGCUUUCCUAUAACGCAGGGACAACCAUAUUCUCUUUCCAUUCUCUAGAUAAAAAGGGUGGGGGGAGACACAAAAAAUGUACACCAAUUAAAAUGAACAGCCAAAUGGGCAAAGCCUAGUGGAGGAAGCAGCCAGAUUUAUCUAAAAUACUAUUUAUAAUCAUUGGGGAAAAUGGCAAAUGUUGUCUGAUUGAUCAGGUGAUGUUCUCUAAUUAAAAAAAACUUACAUUAUACAUAUGUACCAGUUGUAAAGCCCCACCCCUCAUAUCCCACCUUUGUAAACAGAUACAUUUUUAUAAUUAUAGAGUACAAGAUUUGGUUCAGAUCCUGAAAUCCUAAACGAAUUCUUUGCAUCUACAGACGGGAUAUGUAGAAAGUGCAUGCACAAAUCCAUCUACAGGUUUGGAGGCUGCACUGUACAACAAUCGUGAUCCACAACACACAGCGAAGCAGUUUUCAGUUAGUGCAGAAUGCUGAUUGAUGCUGAAUUAAAAGGAUUGCUUCCACUAUGACGACCCAAAACCAUGGUUGCCCAACGUAGCCUUUAACAAUCAAUUACCUGAGCAUAGAUUUCCAGAUGUAGUUCCCCCAUUCCUGAAAUAAUGGUCUCCUUGCUCUCGUCGUCAAACUGAACUCUGAAGGUAGGAUCUUCUCGGAUAAAGCGGUUAAUACCUUUUGAAAACUUAUCAAAGUCAUUCUAUAAGCAGGAAAGAAAUCCGCAUCCAUGAGUCAGUUAGAUGAGAGUCUGAAGAGCUAGCUGUGUUUCCAGCAAAAAGCUAUUAAAGCAUGGCUGGGCAGUUUUCAUAAACUGUCCACAUGCAUGAAACAUACUGGGUUCAAAACAUCACCAACUCUUUUAGAUACCGCAUUUUUAAAAUCUUGUUCUUCCUCAGGAGCAGACCUACUAUGAAACUAAUUAGGCUUAAGCUUCAGGGCCCCUAAUCCUGGAGAGACCUGAAGCAACUUUUUUUUAAUGAGUGAAUUUUUCAACAAAAUUGAUGGAGUUUUUUUAAGUGUUUGUUAUUAAAAUAAGGCUAUUUUAGGGACAGAAUUAUAAGCCAAUGGGUUGAAGUCCUUUGAAUUUAGAAUAAGCUCUAACACCGGCGCUCUCUGGAGGGACGGGCUGAUUCGCCUGGCCUUUCCACAGUGGUGGUGCCCUCUAAAGCCCUCCUCUAAUGCCCAUUUCAUAUGGCCUCAAAAUGUCCCUCUGAUUGGUCAAAUUUCAAAACCCCUAGCUGUAUGGGCUCACCAAGAUUGCCAGAAUCUAAUCUGGGGGACCCCAUAACAGUUCAAGCUUUAGGGUCCAAAAAAUGUAGGUCCGCCACUGUUCUUCCUCCAAGGAGCUCAUGGCAGCAUACAGCUCAUUCUCCCUCCAUUUUAUCUUUACAACAGCCUAAUGAGCUAGAUGAGACCGUGUGUGUGAAUGGCAAGAGGGCACCUUGCGAGCUUUGUGGCUGAGUGAGGACUAGAACCUGAACCUCUCCAGUCACAGCCCAACACUUCAAUACUAUACCCCGACCCCCCGGGCUCAAGCUAGGAAUCUCUCACCUAUGAUUGCAUUAUCAUCCCUGGCUCAGGCACAAAGACCAUCAACAGAAGGGGGGCCCUCACACCAGAAAAUGUAAUCCGUUUUUCUGAAGAAAAGCUAGUCAGUGUGGUACACUGGUUACUUUCUGAAUAGCAACAGAGACACUCUGGGUCAAAUCUCCAGUCUGCUAUGAAGAUGCUAGGUUACCUUGGGCCAGUUACACACUCAUAAUCUAAACUGCCUCACAGGAAUGUUGUGAGAAUAGGAGGAGGAGGGGUCAUGUAUGCCUCCACCUUCCACUCCUCAAAGGAAGGCUGUGACAAAAAAUCAAAAUACAUUCCUCCACUUCAGAAAAUGCAAAUACAUCAUUCUAUUUUAAUUUCUAAAAGCCCACAAGCCCACAGCAUUUUAUCCCAAACUUAGGAAAUAAUUUACUAAUGACCAUUUUGCAGAGUCAUACCUUGUUGGCAGGCUUCAUUGCUACUGAAAUGACAGGAUCAGGGACAUGAAUAGAUUCCUAGAAAAAGGGGAAAAUAUAAUAUAUAUAUACACACACACACAAACUUGCAAUAUAAAAACAAACUCUGCUUUAAUCUUUACUGUGUCUACUGAACAUGUUCAUAUUCCCGGCUAUUGUUCAAGGUAUAUAUUCUAUGAAAGGUUUGUGAAUCUUGCACCAGAAGUGCCUUAACAGCAAAACGCUUUCCCCUUGCUGGACAUUCUGGCUUCCAUUUGCUAGACCCUUGCACAAGUUCCACUGAACUCAUUUCAAAGGGCCUUGACUCAAGUGACAUUUCAGACAAGUUCUCUUCACAUUUAUUCCUUUUGUGUAGUUAGUUACUUCCUUGAAAAAUUACUCUUUAAAGAAAGGCAUGACAGACACAUUGGGCAAUAUCGUAACUAAUGUGUGCAGAAUGUGUAGUCUCCCCAUGUUCCUCUGCAUUGAUGCACAGUCAGUCUGACCCCUGGAAACAUCACUCCCAGGGUCAUGGGAUAUUUUCAAAGGAACAGCCACACAGGUUUGGGAGAUGUGAGUGAAAUGAGGAAGGAAAAGAAGUUAAAAUUGUUCCUCGUCCCCAUUCUGCAAAUGCUGCUCUACUGAGGGAAAGGGGCAAUUUGACCACCUUAUCCCUCCUCACUCCUGCCCACUGACCCUAAUGGUGGUUCCACUGCACAGAUCUUGAGAAUCCUUCCAGAGGCUGGGGGGGAAACCUGCACCAAUGCAAAAGAACAUGGGAAAACUCCAUAUGUGGAUGGUAGGAUGGUGCCCAUUAUGUUUUUAUGCAAAUUUAAACAGGAAACCAGUUGCAGCUUAAAGACUAACAAUAUUUAUUGGACGCACUGUACUUUUAAUGAAGUGAGCAUCCAAUAAAUGUUAUUAGGCUUUAAAGUGCUACCAAACUCCAUUUUUGCUGCAACACACUAAAAUGGCUACUGCUCUAGAAUUAUAUUUUGAAGCACAUACCUGAAAGUGCAACAAGUGAACACAGCAAUCAUGUUUAUAAUCCUGGUCCAUUGUGUUCUAUCAAGUUGCUUCUGAUUUAAGGUUACCCAAUGAAUUGGGGAGCUUGGAUUUGGUAGUGUGUCCUCAUAAGUGCACACUCAUUGGAAAAGCUGGCUUAUCAUGAGAAAUAGCCAAUAUGCCUCCCUUCCCAUGAGUCAGCAGAGUGCAACAAAAUAUUCCCGUGGCUGCCACUUCCUUCACUGGGGGGGGGGGAUCACCCAUACACACCCAUGUGUAUGGGUGACACAUGACUCCCAGCAUUCCACCAGGCUGUGGAAGAUGGGAGGAGGUUUCCAGUUUGCCCACUCCUUUUCCCACUCUCCUGAGCAAGGGGAGAAGUAAACUAAGCUCAGAAGAUUUCUAUUUGCAAAUACAUGUGCAAUGUCACUAGGGAAUUUCUUCCUAUGCUUGAAGGACAGGAGACGAAGCUCUCAAGCCGGGGGCCCGUUUCCAUUCUCUCCUCUCUGGAAGAACCCGGGAGGUGAAGCAUCUUUUAAGAUUGGGUACAUCCUUUCGGAGAAUAUCAGGAUUUUCAACACAGUUUUAUAUUUAAUAUUUAGUUAAUGUUUGUAACUACAUUUUAAAUACAGUAUAUCCACUGCAUUAUACAUUGGUGACCCUGCCCUUUCACAAUGGCAGAUUUUGGAGCUAUAAACAUAUAUAUCCUUAUGGGUUUUAUAAUAGCUGCAAAAGCAUUCUGAAAAUAAAAAUACAAACUUU